AUAAUGUAUUGGCUUAAUGGCAUUGCAAACCAACUUUCACUUGAUUCAACAAUAACUAAAGACAGUAGCGAAGCUUACUCGUCAAAAGUUCAGCGUGUUCUAUCUCUCCAACCUUCUAAUAACGCGUCCUUGUUCAUCAGUUGUACACGCACUUCUAUUUAUCUAUGGUCUGUAAAGGUUCGUCAACUCCAACUACAGUAUUAUCCUAUGUCGAACGGUCAUUGAACCAUAUUGACGAAUUUGGUGAGAAUGUAAAAGUAAUUUGGAAGCCUGACAUGACACAUGUUGCUAUUCAGACUUCAAAAAACUACUUGCUAUUGUAUUCUAUUCUAUCCUAUGAACAACAAUCCUUUGAACUCAACUUUCCAAACCCAACACAUGCAGUCAUGGCAGGACCAGGAGAGGGAAAAGGACCAAAGACAAUGUUGCUGAAAUUCAGAUUGACUAUAAGAGUGGAUGCAGGCAUUAUUUGUGGUACAUCUUUAGAUGAUACUCUCGUUAUAGCCACACAUUCACCGCCAGCAAUACAAUGUAUUUCUUGGAACCCACAACAAGCGAACGCAACUCAAUCUUCACUUUUAUCCAAAAUUGACUUCUUUGAUAGCAAUGAUCAAUUAUCCUACAUCACCUAUGAAAAGAGUCUCAACAUAUUUGUUUGGCUGUCAGCAAAUGGGAAAGUGUAUUUCACUAAGAUGAAGAAUAAUCACAGUCAGAAAAAAGGAACAACGACUGUCUCAGAACACAAGAUUCAGUGGGUAGGGACAUGCUUUCAUGGGAAAGGGGAUAUUCUUGUGGAGGACAAGGCUACGAGUGUAUCCAUCAAUUCAACCUUUUCAUUGAUUGCUGUGGGGACAACUGGUGGAACAGUUUAUGUGUACUCUGUCGAAAAUUAUAAUGCACCACCGGUGUUUUCACACAAGUUGCAGUUAAUGUCAUGGAAAUCAUCUACAGGAUCUGUUGCAUCACUAGCAUGGACGUCUGAUGGACAUGCGCUAUCUGUUGGCUACGAAAGCCAUGGACUAGCGGUUUGGAGUGUCUAUGGAAGCAUGUUGUGUGCUACAAAUGAGCUGGAUGAAAUAGCCAAUGAAGAAAACUUGAAGGAUACAUAUAUAAAGGGUAUUCAAUAUCUGUUUUGGGGGCCAGGAAAUUAUAGUUUAUAUGUUUUAGCAAAAUACAAAGCAAAUGAGAACAUUAUGUAUACACUCCCCUUUGUUAAAUCUGCUCUAGCGACUUACUUACAUUCUGAUAACGCAAAGAAAGGCUUAUUACAAAUGGACGAUCGAAUGUUAAUAUAUAAUAGUAGUGGCGAUUAUCAGGAUGAGAGCACCACGAUUGAUCCUGCAGCUGUAGCUUGGACACAUAUACAGUAUCCUGCCAUGUAUAUCGCAGAUAAUUGGCCCAUUCGCUACUCGUCUAUCAGCUCAGAUGGCAAUUACAUAGCCAUUGCCGGUAAACGCGGAUUUGCUCACUACAAUACCAUUUCAAGCAGGUGGAAGCUUUUUGGAAAUCAACAGCAAGAGCAAAGUUUUCUUGUCAGAGGAGGCAUGGUUUGGUACAAGACAAUAUUGAUAGUAUCCUGUGAAAAUGUCCAACAAAAGACUUAUGAGAUUCGUCUAUAUUCUCGUGACAAUAACCUGGAUCAUUCUCAAGUGUUAUACACUGAACCAUUAUCUAGUAUGCCUGUUUAUAUGACAUUAUGUGGAAACUUUCUGCUUGUGUAUACAACAGAGAACAUUGUGAAUAUUUAUAAUGUUAUGUUAAGCAAUAACAACAACAACAAUAGCAAUAGCAACAACAUGAUCAACAGGCAAUUAAAUUUUGCAAGGCUGGAGCCAGUAAGAAGGAUAUCACUUGAUGGAAUCGUCACUCGUAUAUCAAAGGUCAGAAGCAUCAGCCUAUUUCAUAUAUCUCAUGGAGAAUACAUCAGAUCUACUGAUAGCGUCAUUUCAUCAAAUAUUACUUUGCUUGUUGGAGGAAAGUUGCUUAUACUUUCGUCAAAUGACAAGACGGAUGAUCCGACUGAGAAAGAACAUUCGCCCAUUCCCUUUAAUACUCAUAUUAUUUCAGAUAAAACUGAAUAUUACUGGAUAGGGAAAAAAGGCAUUGAAAACCUUCGAACCUCAUUGUGGAUCAUGAACGGGAAGGGCCUAAGGGUUCUUACGAAUUUUUUACUUCCUGAAGAAUUCGAUAUCACCAGCAAUCAUUAUUCGGAGAGUGAGCCAUCCACACCUACGACACCCGGACAUUUGUCUCCAGGUUUUGAUAUUGGAAGACCAUUUUUAUUAGGAUACCAUAUUGACAAUGAAGAAGAUUCAUUACCGUCUAAUGAAAUGAGGACUCGAUGGAAAAUCGAUGAUUUUGAAGGUUUGAAAGAUCAAGCGAUUGAUAUGCCUCUAGACUUUUAUCCUAUAUCCAUUUUGAUUGAAAAGGGAAUUGUCAUUGGAGUUGAACAAAGCAUAUCAUAUAACGCCUUCCUGGGAUUUGCCUUAUUCAAGAUGAGUCCCAAGAUGCAUUUAUUCCUGCAUCAUAUUUUUAGAUACUUGCUACAAACUGAUCUAGAAGAGGAUGCUGUUACAUUUGCUAAAGCAUAUGAAAAGUUCACUUAUUUCAGCCAUGUACUAGAGAUACUGUUGCAUACAGUUUUAGAAGAGGAAGCAGGACGGGAUUUCUUGGAUCAAUUUCCUCACGCCCUUGAUGUAAUUGUAAGCUGUGCAAGAAAGACAGAGGUAGCCUUGUGGGAUUAUUUAUUCUCUGUUGUUGGUAAACCCAAAGAUUUGUUUGAGAUAUGCCUAGAAGAAGGAAGGUUACAUACUGCCACCUCAUAUCUUAUUAUAUUACAAACUAUGCAGCCCUUAACUGUAGCUGAACAAGACACAAUGCGUCUGUUACAUAAAGCCAUGGAUGAAGAUAAUUAUGAGUUAUGUAAAGAAUUGGUUAGGUUCCUUAGUUCGAUUGAUAAUACAGGAAAAGCCCUUUAUGAAGCACUUCAAAUGAUCAAGUCACAUGUAGAUAAUAACACGAAUGACAAUCAAAUGGAUAAAGUGAAAACAAAGGAUGUAUAA